AUGUCGGCUCAAACGGCCAUCACACAAUAUGUGACGGCCAACAAUGGCGUCCGGUUUGCAUAUCGACGUAUUGGGGAGACAGAUGCCAUUCCACUGGUCAUGCACAUCCAUUACCGUGCCAAUAUGGACCUUUGGGAUCCUCUCUUCGUCAACGCCUUAGCCAAAAGCAGACCAAUCAUCCUUUUUGACAAUGCCGGUGUCGGCCGGAGCAGUGGUGAAGUUCCGGAAACGAUGCAAGGCUGGGCAGACAACUUGAUCGCUUUCGUCAAUGCUCUCGGGCUGAAGAAAAUCGAUCUCCUUGGCUUUUCAAUGGGUGGCUAUGCGGUCCAGAUGGUCGCCCUGACAGCACCACAGAUGAUCCGCAAGCUGGUCCUGAGCGGUACCGGCGGUUCAACUCCUUCAGCCGAGCAUAUUGCCGGCGUGGUUUGGCCGCGUGAGCAACCCCCCGCUCAACCGAUCAGGGCCCUCUCGGAAGCGGUGACGCGGGAGGAAGGCGAAAAGGCACUGGCAUUUUCGUUCUUCUAUGACGACGACCACGGCCGUGCCGCUUUUCAGAAAUACUGGGCGCGCGUCCAAGAGAGAACAGCAGAACCGCUUAUUUUGCAACUUCUGGACCGUGAGGGCGGGGGAAAGCGCCAGUUCCGUGCGGCGGUUCAUUCCUUCAAGGCCGGUCCUCCUAGCUCGUUCGACAGACUGGGCGAACUCCAAAUGCCGGUCCUUGUUGCCAACGGCGAUAAUGAUGUUUUGAUUCCUUCCAGUCGCAGCUGGGAGUUGGUGACGCAGAUUACAAAUGCCCAACUGAUCAUUUAUCCUCGCGCGGGACAUGGUUUCAUCUGGCAAUAUGCCGAGUUGUUUGCGGCGCACGUCAACAUGUUUCUCCAGGGUACGGAAUUCGACAACUUGUUGCCCAAAUUGUAA